AUGCCAGGUAACCUGCUGGGCGGGGCUUCUGGGAGUAGCCUCCCCGAGGGCGGGAAGGAAACUUCCAGUGAACUUCCCACCGGCGGGAACUCCGCCCCGUGUUGCUUUACCCUGAGGGGGACACCGAGAGGACGAGGCCUCGGGGACAGCAGAGGCCGGACGUGGAAAGUGCCAGCACCCUGGCUGGAACCCACCUGGAGGACUACUCCGCCUCAGCGCUCCCAGGUAUGUGAGGAGCUUAAUUCCGUCGCUUCUGAGCUGUCUGCACGGCAGGAGGAGAGUGAACAUUCUCAUAAACAUUUAAUUGAACUCCGCCGGGAAUUUAAGAAAAAUGUACCUGAGGAAAUCAGAGAGAUGGUGGCUCCUGUAUUAAAAAGCUUCCAGGCUGAGGUAGUGGCCCUUAGUAAAAGAAGUCAGGAAGCCGAGGCUGCUUUCUUGAGUGUUUACAAGCAAUUAAUUGAAGCACCAGACCCUGUGCCUGUAUUUGAGGCGACGCGCAGCCUAGACGACAGACUGCAGCCCCCCAGCUUCAACCCCAUCGGGCAGCCUCGGCGAGACCUCCACACUUCGUGGAAGAGGCACCCCGAGCUCCUCAGCCCUAAAGAGCAGAGAGAGGGGACGUCUCCAGCCGGGCCCACGCUGACCGAGGGGAGCCGCCUCCCGGGCAUUCCCAGCAAAGCCCUCCUGACAGAAACUUUGCUGCAGAGAAAUGAGGCAGAGAAACAAAAGGGCCUUCAAGAAGUACAAAUCACUCUGGCAGCCAGACUGGGGGAGGCAGAGGAAAAGAUCAAGGUCUUACAUUCAGCGUUAAAGGCCACCCAGACAGAGCUGCUGGAGCUGCGGCGGAAAUACGAUGAGGAGGCGGCUUCCAAGGCAGAUGAAGUCGGCCUGAUCAUGACCAACCUGGAGAAAGCUAAUCAGAGAGCUGAGGCUGCCCAACGGGAGGUGGAGAGUCUUCGGGAACAACUCGCCUCUGUCAACAGCUCCAUCCGCCUAGCCUGCUGCUCCCCCCAGGGCCCUGGUGGGGAUAAGGUGAACUUUGCUCUGUGCUCGGGCCCACGGCUUGAGGCUGCCCUGGCCUCCAAGGACCGGGAAAUCCUGCGGCUGCUAAAGGAUGUGCAGCAUCUCCAGAACUCUCUGCAGGAGCUGGAGGAGGCUUCCGCCAACCAGAUUGCUGACCUGGAGCGGCAGCUCACAGCCAAGUCAGAGGCCAUCGAGAAGCUCGAAGAGAAGCUCCAGGCACAGUCUGACUAUGAAGAAAUUAAAACAGAGCUGAGCAUCCUGAAAGCCAUGAAGCUGGCCUCCAGCACCUGCAGCCUCCCCCAGAGCCUGUCCAAGCCCGAGGACUCGCUGCUCACAGCGAAGGAGGCCUUCUUCCCUGUACAGAAGUUUCUGCUGGAAAAGCCGGGUCUCCUGGCCAGCCCUGAGGAGGACCCUUCGGAGGACGAUUCCAUCAAGGACUCCCUGGGCACUGAGCAGUCCUACCCGUCUCCUUCGCAGCUCCCACCACCAGGGCCAGAAGACCCCCUGUCCCCAGGCCCCGGGCAGCCCCUGCUGGGCCCUAGCCUGUGCCCUGAUGGCCCUCGGACUUUCUCGCUGUCCCCCUUCCCUGGCCUGGCUUCAGGAGAGAGACUGGUAGGGGACGCUUUACUGUCUAAGCACAUCAUGCCCCCGGCUGCCUUCAAAGGAGAGGCAGGCAGCCUGCUGGUGUUUUCCCCGGCCUUCUACGGUGCCAAGCACCCCACAGCCCCUGCCACCCCAGCCUCUGGCCCUGAGCCACCUGGGGGCCUCGAGCCAGCUGAUGGUGGGGGGGGCAGCACAGCCGGGGCAGGGGCCGGAGCAGAGGAGGAGCAACUGGACACAGCGGAGAUCGCGUUCCAAGUGAAGGAGCAGCUGCUCAAACACAACAUCGGGCAACGAGUGUUUGGCCACUACGUUCUGGGGCUGUCGCAGGGCUCAGUCAGCGAGAUCCUGGCCCGGCCCAAGCCGUGGCGCAAGCUCACGGUGAAGGGCAAGGAGCCUUUCAUCAAGAUGAAGCAGUUCCUGUCGGACGAGCAGAACGUGCUGGCUCUGAGAACCAUCCAGGUGCGGCAGCGAGGCAGUAUCACCCCAAGAAUCCGCACCCCAGAGACAGGCUCAGAUGACGCCAUCAAAAGCAUCUUGGAGCAGGCCAAGAAGGAGAUCGAGUCACAGAAGGGAGGUGAGCCCAAGAACUCCACAGCCCCAUUGAGCAUCACCAAUGGCACAGCCUCUGCCAACACCUCAGAAGAUGCCAUCAAAAACAUUCUGGAGCAGGCACGCCGGGAGAUGCAAGCACAGCAGCAGGCUCUACUGGAGAUGGAGGCAGGCCCCAGGGGCCGCUCGGUGCCUCCUUCCCCCCCAGAGCGGCCCUCGCUGGCAGCCGUGAGCCAGAACUGUGCCCCGACAUACGUCAAGCAGGAGGACAGCAGUGUUGGCAGUGGCGGUGGUGGGGGCGGCGGGGGAACCAGCAGCAGUGCCACACAGACAUCCCUUACUGUCCUGUCUCCCGCCGCCUUCGUGCAGAGCAUUAUCCGGAAAGUCAAAUCAGAGAUCGGCGAUGCUGGCUACUUCGAUCAGCACUGGGCCUCAGACCGCGGCCUGCUCAGCCGCCCCUACACCUCCGUGUCGCCCUCACUCUCCUCCUCCUCCUCCAGCUACUCUGGCCAGCCCAACGGACGGGCCUGGCCCCGUGGGGAUGAGGCCCCCACGGUCCCUGAGGACGAAGUCGCCGGGGGUGAGGACGAGCCCCCUAGGUUGGGCGAACUCAAGGCUGAGGGGAUCAUCCCUGAGUCAGGCAGUGGUGGGCGGCUGGCCUACUACCCAGCAUAUGUGCCCCGCACACUGAAGCCCACCGUGCCACCCUUGACCCCAGAGCAGUACGAGCUCUAUAUGUACCGUGAGGUGGACACGCUGGAGCUGACACGCCAGGUCAAGGAGAAGCUAGCCAAGAACGGAAUCUGCCAGAGGAUCUUUGGGGAGAAGGUGUUGGGCCUGUCACAGGGCAGUGUAAGCGACAUGCUGUCCCGGCCAAAGCCCUGGAGCAAGCUGACGCAGAAGGGGCGGGAGCCCUUCAUCCGCAUGCAGCUGUGGCUCUCAGACCAGCUCGGCCACGCCAUCGGCCAGCAGCCCAGCGCCUCCCAGGCCAGUCCCACCGAACCAAGGUCCUCACCAUCCCCACCCCCUACCCCCCCGGAGCCCGAGAAAAGUUCCCAGGAGCCCCUGAGCCUGGCAUUGGAGAGUAGCAAGGAGAACCAGCAGCCAGAGGGACGCUCCAGCUCCUCGCUGAGUGGGAAGACGUGCUCAGGCAGCCAGGCCACCGGGGGCAUCCAGGAGAUUGUUGCCAUGUCCCCUGAGCUGGACACCUACUCCAUCACCAAGAGGGUCAAAGAGGUUCUCACAGACAAUAACCUAGGGCAGCGGCUGUUUGGAGAGAGCAUCCUGGGCUUGACGCAGGGCUCUGUGUCCGACCUACUGUCCCGGCCCAAACCCUGGCACAAGCUCAGCCUGAAGGGGCGGGAGCCCUUUGUGCGCAUGCAGCUGUGGCUCAGUGACCCCCACAAUGUGGAGAAGCUGAGGGACAUGAAGAAACUGGAGAAGAAAGCCUACUUGAAGCGCAGGUACGGCCUCAUCAGCACCGGCUCAGACAGCGAGUCUCCAGCCACGUGCUCCGAGUGCCCCAGCCCCUGCCUGCAGCCCCAGGACCUGAGCCUCCUGCAGAUCAAGAAGCCCCGCGUGGUGCUGGCACCCGAGGAGAAGGAGGCCCUGAAGAAGGCCUACCAGCUGGAGCCCUACCCCUCGCAGCAGACCAUUGAGCUCCUCUCCUUCCAGCUCAACCUCAAGACUAACACCGUCAUCAAUUGGUUCCACAACUACAGGUCCCGGAUGCGCCGGGAGAUGUUGGUGGAGGGGACCCAAGAUGAACCAGAUCUUGACCCCAGUGGGGGUCCUGGCAUUCUACCACCAGGCCACUCCCAUUCAGACCCCACUCCGCAGAGCCCCAACUCUGAGGCUGAGGACCAGAAGCCUACCGUGAAGGAACUGGAGCUUCAGGAGGGCCCUGAGGAGAGCAUCACACCCCUGACCACCCAGGACAAAGCCCUGGUGAGGAUUAAGCAGGAACAGACUGAGGACAAUGCUGAGGAAGGAGCGGACAGCCAGCUCCAGGACUCAGGGGAGCCGGACAAAGGCCAAGGUUCUCCCAAGGAGAUGCAUCCGGACCCUCCGGGUAAUGAUGGACUCCCAAAAGUGGCCCCAGGGCCUCUUCUUCCAAAUGGGACCACCCCAGACUGCCUCUCGAUACAGCCUCCGCAGGAGAGCAGGGGUGGAGAACGGCUACACCCGGACCCCCUAAGUUUUAAGUCAGCCUCAGAGUCCUCGCGCUGCAGCCUGGAGAUGUCACUGAACUCACCCUCGGCUGCCUCCUCACCAGGCCUCAUGAUGUCUGUGUCACCUGUCCCCUCCUCUUCAGCUCCCAUCUCCCCAUCCCCACCCGGUGCCCUCCCUGCCAAAGUGCCGAGUGCCAGCCCCACUACCGACACGGCUGGGGCCUUGCACCCCAGCACCAAGGUGAACCCCAACUUGCAGCGGCGGCACGAGAAGAUGGCCAACCUGAACAGCAUCAUCUACCGGCUAGAGAGGGCUGCCAAUCGGGAGGAGGCUUUGGAGUGGGAGUUCUGAGGGUGAGAGCAAGCGGCAUACCCAGUGGUCGCCCUCACGCUCUCACUCCUCCCGGACAGGGCAGGGUACAGAGGGAGGAACUCAACCACCAAGAUCUGGACAGCAGUGUUAUGCUGUUUACGUUUUUUGUUGUAAUCCUAGUUCUAUAAGUUGUGAGCAAGCAGGUGGGGCAGAUGCCACUGCCUCCUCUUCUUGGCACCCCACCCACCCCAGGGAGCACCCUCUUCUCCACCCUGGCCUCUCUGCAGGAGACAGAAGCAAAGUGGCGCCACGUUUUCACCUGGAAACUCCAUACUCUUUUAGAAAAAUGAAUAAAUAUUUAUAGACCUCUUUUAGAUAUUUUAAUAAAGGAUCCUUUGGAAUUUAUUCCCAGCCGAUGCUGUUUUGAUAUUACAGAGUUAUAAAAUCAGGAUGCUGUCACAACUGUUGCGAAGAAUACACUGAAGUUGUGUCAUUUUUGCCACUAGAUGAGAUUAAAAGAAGACAAUUGUUCAAAGCCAUCACAAAACACUAUAAGACUGACCAAAACUUGGAUAACCUUUGAACCGCGACUUUUUUCAACAUCUGUCUAUGAGACACAGUGCAUUGCUCCUGCCCUCCCAGAAACCGUGCUGGAAAGAGAAAAGUCCAAAAGACUCUAAACUAAAACUUCCAUGCCGUUGAGGAUGUGUUUCGUCCUGGUGGUCUGCUUUGCAACCCUGAUAACACAGAGUGUCCCAUGCCAUUGUAAAUGUUGUAGAGAUGUGGGCCGUGGCCACAUGACCUUUCUGAGACUUAACACGGUACAGAACGAACUGCCUACAUUCCCUCUAGCCAGAAACCUGUGCGCUGAGGAGGUUGGGUGUCUAGCUCCCGGUACAUCCACUUCAGACAGGAUGUGUUUCUGGAUCCUUUGGAAAGCCAGGCAUGGGGGCAGGUGAUUGGAGGGUGGUGCUUGAGCCAGAGUGACCCCAUUCCCCAACCUGAGUCAUGGCCACAGCACAGGAAGUCUCCCCACUGGUGGCCACCAACUUCCCCUUUUUGCGUUUGAAGAAAACAACAGUGUUGGUCACCCCACAAGCACCCAACACCAAAAAGUAGAUUCAUCACACCAGAGACCCCUGCUCCCCUUCUCAACAUCUCAAGUGGACCCCGGUGCUGCUCUGGAAGGUGUCUGCAACUCCCAAGUCCACGUAGAACAAAGGAGAAGAUUCAGUUUGCCUCAGCACGACCACCAUAGCCCAGGCUCCCAGUCCACCCUCCUGCCUUCCAGCACAUGACCUUUGGAGAGCAAAGACUCAACCCCCCAACUCAGAGAAGCCUUCCCUCCAGCAUCUUCAUGGCUUCCAGGGGGAGAGUCCCCAGUCUGGAUGGAACAGCCACCAUACUGAUUGUUGAGUAGCCCUCCUGUUUUUAUUUCUUACCCUCUUUCAAACUCUGUGCGAAGGCUGAGUUGGUUGCCUCCCCGCUGAAUCCAGAAUGAUGAUGGGAAGGUGGCUGUGAUCAGAGCCAGUUUGUUGCUGGGGAGAGGUGUCUGGCAGGGGUCUCAAGGGUCCCACAAGCAUUUUUGAAACCAGGCCAGUGAAACACGAUGACCAGAGGGGGACAGUUGAGGGCCGUUCCAGAAAUCUCAACUCUCAUGCACCCAGCCCAGGCUGCAGUCUCCACGCCAAUCAACCCUGCAGGAAAGUCUCCUUUUCCAUCCA